CUGCGCUGGUUUUAGACUGUGUUAUGUGGUGUGUUUUUAUAUUGCUGGGAAGUGUCUAGGUUAAGGUGUUUAGAUUAAGUGAUUGCUGAGGAAUGCAGUAUCCUCUCAGUGCUGGGAAGUGUUUUUAAGUGUCUAGAUAGUAGAUAAGUGAGGGUGGAAGGUCUGUGGUAUCCCCGCUGUGCAGAUUCCUAUUCCCUCACCCUGAAAUGGCGCCUACUAAGGAGGAGUUGGGAAGGUUGAAGCUGACAGAGCUGCAACGGGAGUUAGAGACCCGUGGGCUAGAGGUAACCGGUAAGAAGCAGGACUUAGUGGAUAGGUUGUGGUCGGCCCUCGAGACUGAGAUGGACCAGUUAAACCCGGCAGAGAAUAAGGUGAGUCCCCGAGAAGCUACUGGAGGGCCAUCGACAGAUGUAUCGAUUAUUUUGGCGAAACUUAAGAUCCUCAAGGAGGAACAGGCCGUAGAGCAGGAGCGGAUGGCGGUGAGGGCACGCGAAUCGCUUCUGCAGGCCAGGUCGGAGCAACUUAAACUUGAACGCGAGUUGGUAGAGGCAGGGCACCUAGUGGAGCCUGAGUUGGCCCAGGUGCAGGUUCCGAUCGAGCAGCCGGUGGGUAAGCCCUCACUGGGGGAGGCCCUCAGUGCCCAGGUCAAGCGGUCCCUGUUGCCCCCCGCAGAGCUCCGCCCGUUCAGCGGCGAAAUAAGAGACUAUCGUUUAUUUACUAGAUCGUUCCAGGCCCGUAUUGAAACAAAGACUGAGGACCCAGAUGAGCUUCUUUUUUAUCUCGAUCAAUAUACGAAGGGAAAGCCCAACCAGCUCGUGCGAGGGUGUCUCCACCUGGGGGAGGCUGGUUUUGCAGAGGCAAAGCGGCUCCUGGAGGUUCGCUACGGCAACAGUGUGGGGCUGGUCGACUCCUAUGUCGAACAGGUGAGAGGCUGGCCUAAGGUGGCCGCUGGCGAUGUUGAGAGUCUGGACCAGCUCCUUCUGUUCCUGACCGAGAUCAUGAACGCGAUGGAGAGUGUGGAACUGAGUGAAUUUGACCAUCCAACGAACUUGCGCCUUGUCAUGUCGAAGCUGCCCUCGUACCUCCAGGAUCGGUGGAUGAGAGAGGCAGAUAGACUCCUUCAGGAGGGCUCGACCGUGCGCCUGUCGAACCUGGUCGGGUUUCUGUCCGCUGAGGUCCGUGUAAAGCGGAAUCCUCUGUUCGGUCCUCGUAGUGCCGAACCCGCGCGCCGUGAGGCUGUGUCCAGGUCCUCUCCCGGGUUUAAGGUGAGCGCAGCUCGGGUCACACGACCGGGCGCGGGGUCAGGGCUGUGUCCUUUUUGUGACGGUCGCCAUGAGCUGGACAGGUGCCAGCGGAUGUUUGAGAGGCCCUGGCCUGAGAGGCGUCGGACGGUGUUACGAGCGGGACUUUGUUUCGGGUGCCUCAGGGAGGGUCACCGUGCCCGCUCUUGCAGGAGUCAGCUGACUUGCCGCUCUUGCGGUGGGCGUCACCCGUCGGUGAUGCACCGGGACCCCGACUGUGACGCUCGUGGUGUUCCAGCUGCCCCUCCGGUUUCCGCCCGGCCGCCAGUGGCGCGGCGUGGUGCCGGCGGCCGGGAGUUGCGGCCCGAGGCAGCGGUGGUGCAGCCGCGCGGAGAUUGUGUGGCGCCCCCUCGUGGUGGAUUUGUGGCGCCACCUCCCGGCGGUGAGGGGUCGGGUUCCCACAGCGGAGCCGUGAUCAGUGCGAGCCUUGGACUCCAAGGUGUCGAUCGGACGGCGCUGCCGGUCGUGGCUGUGCGCCUCCGUGGUCCAGACGGCAAAGUGGUCGUCACUAACGGAUUUUUGGACCAGGGCUCCUCGGGAUCUUUCCUAACUGACGGACUUGUUUCCCUGUUGGGACUCCAGACCGAGGCGACGAGUGUUGUGCUCGAGACGGUGGGGAGCGGGAAGAGGCGGAUUCAGACGUGCCUCGCGUCGGGCGUGCAGGUGGCCGAUGCGAGAGGGGGAGCUUUCCAUGCUCUGCCGCCUCUGAUGACCGUUCCGUCUCUGCCGGUGACGCAGGAGGACAGGUGUCCGAGGAGUGAGCUGAGGGCAGCCGCUCAUCUCGCCGAUGUCGCGCUGACAGAGGUGGACACGCCUGUGGGGAUCCUGAUUGGGUCGAACUGUGCCGAACUGCUUCUUGCCAGGGAGGUCCGGGCUCCGCCUGAGGGCCAGGCGGGGUUGUGUGCCAUCCGUACCGUGUUGGGGUGGUAUGUGAUCGGACGUGUCCCUGGGACAGCAGUCCCGAGGGGCAGGCUGACUGUCAACUUCCUGAGGGUCGAGAGGGCGACCGAUUCUGAUGAUGGGGUUACCCAGAGUGUCCGUGAUCACUGCUCGGAAGGCUGUCAGUUUCGAGCCAUGUACGAGCGUGACUUUGGUGACCUGUCUGAUGACCGUGAGUGUUUUUCCCUUGAGGAGCGUGAGUGGAUAGCCGACGUCGAGUCAGGCGUCCGGCGGGACUCGGAGGGUCAUUUUGAGAUCCCCCUUCCCAAAACCGAUUUUGGAGAGCUGCCAGACAGCUUCGGGACGGCGGCCAGACGAUUGAACUCGCUCCGGAAGCGGUUCCGAUCUGACCCAGAGUAUUUUGACCAGUACCGGCGUGUUAUCAGUUCGCUGGUCGAUGACGGGUACGCCGUUCCAGUCUCUGACGAUGACGUCACAGGUCCCGUAUGGUACCUCCCCCACCAUGGCGUGUGGGAGCCUGGUAAGGGCAAGCUGCGCGUGGUGUUCGACUGCGCGGCUAAGAGUGGCGGUACCUGUCUCAAUGAUCUGCUGAGGAAGGGACCUGUUCUCACGAACUCCCUGCUGGGGGUGCUCUGUCGAUUUCGUGAGGGGCGGGUCGCCUUUGCGUGCGACAUUCAGAGCAUGUACCACAGGGUGCAUGUACCAGAGUCGGACACGAGCAUGUUGAGGUUCCUGUGGUUCCGUGACAGCGAUCCGGACGGAGAUGUGAAACUCUGGCGAAUGAGGUCUCAUGUGUUUGGAGCUGUGUCGAGUGGGAGUGUCGCCAGUUUCGCACUGGGCCGGUGCGCUGAGGAGGGUAGAUCGAGCUAUCCGGAGGCCGCUGAUGCUCUGAUUCGCAACACAUAUGUGGAUGACGCACUGUGUGCUGUGGACUCCGUCGAGGAUGCUGUGCAUCUGGCACGGGAUCUGAAGGCGCUGUGCGCCACGGGAGCGUUCAAUAUGACUAAAUUCACCAGCAGCAGCCCGCAGUUCCUGAAGUGUGUACCCAUGGAAGACAGAGGUAAGAGAGUCAAACAGCUGGACCUCGACAAGGACCGACUCUGCGCCGAGAGUGCGUUGGGUCUGAGAUGGUCGGUCGAUGAUGACACCUUCGGGUUUCAGUUCCGAGGUGAGGAGAAGCCCUGGUCCAGACGUGGUGUAUUGUCCACUGUCAGCUCUGUUUUUGACCCCUUAGGUGUGGUCUCCCCCGUCACAGUGACGGGACGCGUGUUGGUCCAGAAGCUGUGCGCUCUCUCUUGUGGCUGGGAUGACCUUCUUCCUGCCGUACUGGCGGAAGAGUGGCGAGAGUGGCUGGACAGGGCUAGAGAGCUCGAUCUGGUCCGGCUAGAUCGAUCUAUCGUGGGCCCGCCCGGGGAGGUUCUGACCACCCAGCUGCACGUGUUCGCUGACGCCAGUGAAAGUGCGCACUCGGCUGUUGCGUAUCUCAGGCGGGAGGUGCGCUCAUCUGAAGGUAAAACGGAGCGGUUUGUGGCGUUUCUGAUGGGGAAGUCGCUGGUGAACCCUAUCAGGUUUGUGUCAGUUCCGCGCUUGGAGUUGGCCGCCGCUGUGUUGGCGGUGAGAGUGAGGAAAGUACUGCAGAGGGAGUUGGGCACCCGAUUUGACACUGUUCAUAUGUGGACUGACAGCAUGAUAGUCCUGAGUUGUAUCCGGAAUCGCACGACGCGGUUCAAAACUUUCGUGGCUAACAGGCUCGCUUACAUUCAUGAUGGCUCAGAGGUAAGCGAGUGGUCAUACGUGCCGACGGACGCGAACCCAGCGGAUGUGGGUUCUCGGGGCUGUGCGCCGACCGACUUGGGACCCUGGUUGAGCGGGCCUGAGUUUCUCGCGGGGGACGUCGACUGCUGGCCGGUGGAGCCUGCUGUUCCGUCCGCCCUGCCGGCGAGUGAGGUGAAGUCGGUGCCGGUCGCCCUGACAGCGGUCGGAGCUGAUUCGGCUCAGCCGUGUGACGUGCUGAUUCAGCAUUUUUCUUCCUACUUUAGACUUAAGCGAGCGGUGGCUUGGUACCGUCGGUUCAUCGAUGUUCUUCGGAGCGGCGAGUUCCGUAGAUGGUGCUUGGCGAGACGGCGAGGGCUGCGGCGCCGGGAAAUGUCCGUCCGGACUUCUCUGACGGUGUCAGACCUACGCGGCGCCGAGCUGGCGAUCUUGCGCCGAGUCCAGCGAGAUCUGCCAGAGUACCCGAGCGGUGUGUGUGACGAUGGUCCAGUCAGCGUCAGGCGGAACAGUCCGCUGGCGAAGCUACGCCCUAUACUGAGUGAUGGUCUGCUGCUGGUGGGCGGUAGGCUAGAGCGGUCCGACUGUAUCUCCGUGAGUGCCAAGCACCCGGUGAUCCUGCCCAGGCGGCAUCAUGUGACUAGGUUAGUGAUAAGGGAGGCUCACGCUGAGGUGGGUCACGAGGGCAGACUCCAUACGUUCUGGAGGCUGCGUGAGAGGUUUUGGGUUCUGGGUGCCGGACCGGAGGUCCGGAGGCUGAUCCGAAACUGUGUCGUGUGUCGGAAAGUCAAUGCCCGUCCACAGCGGCAGCUGAUGGCCGACCUGCCGGAGGAGCGCGUGUCCGGUGACACGCCAGCGUUCUCUUCCGUCUUGUUAGAUGUAUUUGGUCCGAUUUUAGUUAAGGCUGGACGGGGGGAGAAGAAAAGGUACGGUCUGAUGUGUAUCUGUGUUGUCACGCGCGGUGUUCAUAUAGAAGUGUUAGAUUCUCUCCGCACCGAUUCCCUCAUCAACGCCGUCCGACGUAUCAGUGCCCGCCGGGGACAGAUCCGUCAGGUGCGGAGUGAUAUGGGCACCAACAUGACUGGCGCUGAUCGAGAGCUCCGAGAAGCGCUGAGGGACGUAAGCAGCCGUGAUCUCCAGCGUGCUGCUCUUCAGAGGGGUAUCGACUGGAGGUUCAACCCUCCAACUGCCUCUCACUUUUCCGGUGGAGUGGAGAGGCAAAUCAGGACGUUCAGAAAGAUUUGGAGGUCCAUGCCGACGCAGCAGCGGGUGGACGAUGAGUCGUUGCAGACCCUCUUCUGUGAGAUAGAGUCCAUUAUGAAUGACCGCCCUCUGACUUACGUGUCUACCGCUGAUGGCGAUGUUGAACCCCUGACUCCGGGACACUUGCUGUUCCUGAGGGGCCGUCCUGGGCCGAUUCCAGGCGAGUUUCGAGAGGCCGACUCGUUCUCCCGACGCCGUUGGCGUCAUGUCCAGUACUUGGCGCAGCAAUUUUGGACUCGCUGGAGGAGCGAGUACCUGCUCUCACUGCAGUCUCGGCAGAGGUGGACGCAGGAGUCUCGCAACCUGGAGCCUGGGGAUGUAGUCUUGCUAGUAGACGAGAAUGUGCAGCGAGGCCAGUGGCAGAUGGGGAAGGUACAGGAGGUUCUUCCCAGCCGGGAUGGCAAGGUGAGAAAGGCUCUCGUAAAGACUAGCUCCUCUGUGUAUCUGCGCCCAAUACACAAGAUGGUAGUGGUGAGGUCCGACUCCGAUCUAGAGUAAGUUAGACGUAAGGUGCCGUCUAGAAAUAGGCUGCCGUCAGCCACAGGGCUGAUCAGGCUCGGUAAGGUAGGAUAGGUAGAGUGUGAGCGGGACGCUCAUCGGUUCAGUGUUGUGUGGUGAUAUAUAUAUAAAUAUUUUUUUUUUCGUGGACGGAUCUUCAGGUUUGUAGAGGUUGUCAGUUUGACGGGCGCUCCUGUGCUUCGAAUGCCUCAGUCAUUCGAAGGGGGGAGUGUAGAUGGCGCCCGUCCUAUCCUAUCCUUUCCUGCAGCUCGUCCUUCUUCCGACCCGUUUCACAUAUCCUUCGUGCUCGUUUCCCGAUAAAACCGGCGGCUCUAGGAGCCGAAGUGCGCGUUGGAGCGGCGGGCCGCUGAACGCUUGUGCGUAGGGAUAUAGUGCGCGUGUUUUCAUUAAUUAGCUGGCGUUGUUAAUUAAUUACUUUUGAAAUGUCAUUGGAAUAGUUGUACUAUCUUGUAGGGCACCGAUUGUGCUGGUUGUAAGCGGAUAUUGUGUUUUCCGGAAAUUCGAAUGCCGCGCUGGCAGUCACGUGACCGGUUCUGAUCUCGAGUCCGACUGCACGGAAGGCGGUCUUUUCGUUCCCCGCCAUGAUUGGAGGCGGAUGUGUUGCGGGUGCUCCGGAUUUUGGUACCGUGGCUCGGUUGCCCCCGAUUCGGGGAGGACAAGCUGUGGAGCUUGUUUGUGGAGGCUGCCCUGGUGGCCUCGUGAGUUCGGUCGCCGUGGUCGUUUGGCAGCGCGCCAGAGACGGGAUAAGCCGGUAUGUUAUCACUAAAAAUGCUCAUUGUCUAUCUUUGCUUUGAAUUUCGAUACCUCAACGUCUGCUGUGUAUUGCUUGAUUUAUUUACUUACUUGUAGAAUGUUAAACAGAGUUCUUGGACCCC